CCUACAUUCGUUUGGACGUGAAAUCAAGUUUUCUGGAAAAAUAUGGAAAAAUAAGAGAAAUAUCGUCUUCUCUUCGACUUCCAUAUACCUACCAAGAUUUUUUUCUCAGCAGCGCGAAGAAAUAAGAGUUGAAUAUGAUUACGCUGUCCAAGAAGUUGAAGCAGGCGAAAGAGGGAAAACCUGUGGAGAUCGCUCAAGGGCCUGACAAGAGGGCCUCCAUUCGGGAUAAACUACUCAUCAAGGAGGUUCAAGAAAUGGAGUCCAACCUACCACCAACCUGUAAAGUGAACUUUGAUGACCCCAACAAACUACAUCAGUUCAACAUUACUAUUGCUCCAGAUGAAGGUUUUUGGCAGGGAGGGACUUUUGACUUUGACGUAGAUGUUCCAGAAGAUUACAAUAUCCUGCCCCCAAGAGUGCAGUGUAACACCAGGAUAUGGCACCCAAACAUAGCUGAGAAUGGCGACAUUUGUCUUAGUUUGCUUAGGGAAACAUCAUUAGAUGCAACUGGGUGGUCUCCAACACGGACCCUCAAGGACGUUGUGUGGGGUUUAAAUGCACUAUUUUAUGAACUUUGUGACUUCGAUGACCCUCUCAAUCUAGAAGCUGCAGAGCACUGGCUUAGGGAUAAGGAAUCUUUUCAAGAGAAGGUGACCAGUUACAUAGAGCGCUAUGCCAAGAGAUGAUGGAAAGGCCUAACUGUCAUUUGUAGGAAAUACAAAAUACUAGUAAUAGAGCAACAUUUUUUUUAAAAGAGGGCUCUGUCUAGAUCACGUAUUGUAUGCUUACAGUUGCAAUAUGUAUUAUUUAUCAUACUGUCAUUAGCAAUGUAACUGCUAAUAUAAUAAAUAAGCUCAAUCCACUGUUUUCCCAUCCCCAGGAUGCAUAGCACCAGGGGGUUUAAAAUUCCCAGGAUGCAUAGCACCAGGGGGUUGAUACAUGACAUACUGUUAAAAUUAUAUGGCUUGUUUUUCUCUUUUUUUUCUAGUAAACAUGGAACAUGUGGUUUAUAACAUUACUUUGACUACAGUGGUAAAGUUUUACCGUCUCAAUAAAAAAGAACAACUUUUGCUGGAAAUAAUUGAACAGAUGUUGUAUAUUAAUAUUAAGGGAGCAACCUUCAUUGUUUUAGACUCUACCAACAACGAAUGUAAAAACACACAUAAUUCCAACCCCUGGCGCUAUACAACCUAGGAAUUUUUGCCUGCCUGGUGCUAUGCAUCUUGGGAAUGGGAAAAGGGUGAAUAAAAGCUUGGUGAGAGAUGGCUCAUUAUAUAUCAAGGGGGGGUUUGUGUUAACUAAGUUAAUGGACAACCCCCAUGUCAACACAGACAUUGCAUGAUAAUCAUAUUAUGCUAAAUGUAAUUGUUUUGUGUGAGCUAAAAAAGUACUUGUCGGAGAAACUCCUUGUUUUCAUAAUUCAUUUUACUUUAUUUUCUCUUUGUGGGUUUCAAGACUGAAAAUGAAUUUAUUAUUACAUUAAAAAUGGCUGUGGAAUUCUGUUGUAUUUAUUUCCUUUUCAUGUGGGUUUAAACAGAUAUACAAUGAAGUCAAAGUAUCAAUGGGAUUAUCUUUCCCAUGUAAAAGAAAGGUACACAAAUUAAAUA